GAGAGAGAGAGAGAGAGAGAGAGAGUGAGAGACGAGGGUCAAAUCGAGUGGCGAAGGGUUGGCUGUCUUUUAUAUUUUUGUGGUGGUGGUGGUGGUGGUAUUAGCCAACAGGGUUUCAAACAAAAAAAAAAAAGAGAGAGAGAGAGAGAGAGAGAGAGAGCGAAAGGGGGGAGAGAGAGAGAGAGAGGAACCCCUGAAAGCUCAAGAUAAUACUGGUGAGACUCCCUAGCUCCAUACUCAAACCAAAAUCCCCAAUCUUCCUUUCUUUUUUUCACUUUUUUUCUACACUUACUCUGAUCUUAUCUCCGCCGAUGGAUCCCUUCGAUUUGGUUCGGAAAGGGUUUGGUUGAAGCUUACUGAAGUUUGAGUUAGUCUCUUGUGCGGAAAUAGUCUUCUUGUUUCCACUUAAUCAAAUAAUGAGCUUAUCCAAGAAAGGAACCUAUUCCAACGAUGCAAGGCUAAGCGCUGCAAACAAGGUUACAGCAUUAAAUCCAAAUGCAGCAGAGUUUAUUCCCUUUUCUCUCAGAUCGCCAUCAUCUGGAAGUACCAGCACAGCGAUAUUUCCUUCUUCUGCAACUUUAGGAAAAGCAGUGCUAGAUCGAACAGAGUCAUCUGUAUCAAAUAAUUCUGAUGAUGAAGCCCACCAAUACUGGCGUCGCCAGCUUCCUGAUGAUAUUACUCCUGACUUCAACGUUGUGGGAGAAGAUGAUUCUCAUGGUCUUGGGAACCUCUCUUUAGCAGGAUUGUCCUUACAUGAUGAUAGUGAAGUGACCAGGUUUACUCCUACAGGCAGUGGAUAUGGAUUAAAUGAGGCACAUAUUAAUGGUAAUAACUUUUCACAAAAGUUAAGACUUUCUGGUUCCUCUUAUGGGCAAGAUCUGUCUUUGGCUGGUUUCUUGCGGGACAAGCAGAUUCUAAACGGUAAUCAGCUUGUUAGAAAUGGUCAGGAGGGGCCUGCCUAUGAUGGAAUUUCUAGACAUGGGUUUAUGAACGAUAUGUUGGGUGAGCAUGCAAUUGUGGAUGAUACUGAUAUCAAUCCUGUGGAGUUUCUGGCUGCACAAUUCCCUGGCUUUGCUGCUGAAAGCCUGGCAGAGGUUUAUUUUGCCAAUGGAUGUGACUUAAAUCUGACUAUUGAAAUGCUCGCGCAGUUGGAGCUUCAAGUAGAUGGUGGUUUUAAUCAAAAUUUGAGCUCAAAGACCUUGUCGGCCCCCAACCUUAGUACAAUGGAGUUUCCUGCACUUACUGCAUCAGAUGGUCAGAAUGGUCCUUCGCAAUAUGCUGGAGAUGAUAUCCAACAAAGUGGCAACCCUUAUCGGCCUUCAGAUAAGGACAACAUGCUUAUGUUUAAGUCUAGCUCUUCUGUACCAUCUAGAGGUGGUCUAGGUGGUAUAGAUUUUGCUUCAGCAGUCAGGAAAUUAGCUGCUCAGGAUUCUGGAGUGUGGAAGUAUGAAAGAAAUAGUUCUGCAGAUGCAACUAUUGGUUCAAGUAGAAGUACCAACGUUUUGACAAGUUCAUACAACAGUGGGCAUGCAAGAGGCAUCUAUGGAGACAGGGUGCAAUCUCGUGGUUCAUCUUGGACUGCUCCAGUUUGGCUUGAAACUGGAGAUGCUGUUGCGAAUAUGUAUUCUGAGCUAAGGGAGGAAGCCCGUGACCAUGCACGUCUACGUAAUGCAUACUUUGAACAGGCACGACAAGCAUACCUUGCUGGGAAUAAGGCUUUAGCGAGGGAGCUGAGUGAUAAAGGGAAGCUGCACAAUGGCCAUAUGAAAACAGCUCAUGGAAAAGCACAAGAAUCUAUAUAUCGUCAGAGGAACCCAGUGGGUCCGGAUAUGCAGGGCAAUGGAAGAGGACAGGAGAGGAUGAUAGACCUGCAUGGGCUGCAUGUAGCUGAAGCCAUUCAUGUGCUGAAGCACGAGCUGGGUGUGCUGAGAAGCACUGCCAGGGCAGCAGAUCAGCGUCUGCAAGUAUAUAUUUGCGUGGGAACAGGCCAUCACACCAGGGGAUCCCGCACUCCUUCUAGGCUUCCAAUCGCCGUACAACGAUAUCUGCUUGAAGACGAGGGCCUUGACUACACCGAACCACAGCCAGGGCUACUUCGAGUUGUUUCCCACGAAAUGAACUUGCAAGCCAUCCUCAGAACCAACGCUUCAUUCCCAUACGUUCUCAUCCAUCGUUUCCACUUCUCUUCUCUUCCCAGUCGAACCAGCUCCAUUGCUUAUUCUCCCCAUUAUUCCCCAUUCUCUUCCUCCUCCUCUUCUUCUUCCCAAUGGUUCUCCAUUCUCCGCAUAGCUAUUGCCACCGCCGACUUACCUCUCGGCAAGAGUGUUCAUGCUCGUAUUAUAAGAUCUAGCCGAGACCCAGAUCGUUUUUUAAUCAAUAAUCUUAUUACCAUGUAUUCCAAAUGUGGGUCGCUCUCUUCUGCACGCUGUCUGUUUGAUAAAUCGCCCGACAGAGACCUUGUCACCUGGAACUCCAUUUUAGCUGCCUUUGCGCAGUCUGCAGGCUCUGAGGCUGAGAGUAUUCAAGAGGGUUUUAACCUUUUCCGUCGUCUUCGUGAAUUCUUUGUUUCGACUAGUAGGCUCACUUUGGCACCUGUUUUAAAGCUUUGUUUACUCUCGGGUUACGUAUGGGCUUCGGAGGCUGUUCAUGGCUAUGCUGUUAAGAUUGGAUUGGAAUGGGAUGUGUUUGUUUCUGGUGCUCUCGUGAAUAUAUAUUCUAAAUUUGGAUUAAUUGGGCAUGCUCGAGCUUUGUUUGAUCGGAUGCCGGAAAAGGAUGUUGUAUUGUGGAAUGUAAUGCUUAGAGCAUAUGUGGAGAAGGGUCUUGGGGAAGAAGCACUUCUUCUGUUUUCUGCAUUUCAUCGCAGUGGAUUACACCCUGAUGAUGUCAGUAUGCGUUGUGUUUUUGCUGGGAUUAACAAAGUUGUGUCUGAUAUAGGCAAGAAGCAUGUGGAGCAGAUUCAAGCAUAUGCAACCAAAUUGUCUUUUUAUGAUGAUGAUUCGGAUGUCUUUCUGUGGAAUAAAACAUUGUCCGACUAUAUCUAUGAGGGUGAAAAUUGGGUUGCUAUUGAGUGUUUUAUAAAUAUGGUUAGAUCAAGAAUAGAGUAUGAUCAUGUGACUUUAGUUGUUAUCCUCUCUGCCAUUGCGGGUACAAAUGAUCUCAAAUUGGGGCUACAAGUUCAUGGUGUAGCGGUGAAAUCAGGUUUUGAUAAUGUUGCUUCUGUUGGAAAUAGCCUUAUCAAUAUGUAUUCAAAGGCGGGUUCUCUUCAUUUUGCAAGGAAAGUGUUCAAUUACAUGGAAGAAGUGGACUUGAUUUCGUGGAAUACAAUUAUUUCAUCUUGUGAGCAGAGUGGAUUAGAAGAUGAAUCAGUGAAACUAUUUUCAGGUUUAUUAUAUGAUGGCCUAAGACCGGAUCAAUUUACAGUGGCAAGUGUUUUAGGGGCUUGCUCUUCACUUAAAGAAGGGUUAUAUCUCACUGAACAGAUUCAUGUGCAUGCAAUUAAAACUGGUAUUACUGCUGACAAAUUUGUUUCAACAGCUCUUAUUGACAUUUAUUCUAAAAAUGGUAAAAUGAAGGAGGCAGAAACUCUUUUCAAAAAUAAAGUUCAAUUUGAUUUGUCAUCUUGGAAUGCCAUGAUGUCUGGGUAUGUUAGCAGUAAUGACAGUCACAAAGCAUUGACACUUUUGAGUCUGAUACAUGAGAGUGGAGAGAAGGCUGACGAGUUUACUUUAUCAACCGCUGCAAAAGCUUCUGGUUGCUUGGUAGCGGUGCAAGAAGGGAAACAAAUUCAUGGUCAUCUAAUAAAAAUGGGUUAUGAUCAGGACUUGUUUGCUAACAGUGGAAUUCUAGAUAUGUAUGUUAAAUGUGGAGACAUGGAAAGUGCAAUUAAAGUUUUCGCCGAGAUUCCUUCCCCUGAUGAUGUUGCAUGGACAACAAUUAUCUCAGGAUGCAUAGAAAAUGGAGAAGAGGGGCGUGCUCUUUCUGUAUACCAUUGGAUGAGGUUGUCAGGUGUCCAACCUGAUGAGUAUACCUUUGCUACCCUUGUCAAGGCCAGCUCUUGUCUAACAGCUUUGGAACAAGGGAGACAAAUUCAUGCAAAUUUGAUAAAGUUGGAUUGUGCCUCAGACAAUUUUGUUGGGACUUCUCUUGUUGACAUGUAUGCCAAAUGUGGGAAUAUAGAGGAUGCACAUCGUUUAUUCAAAAAGAUGGAGGUUAAAAGCCUUGCCUCAUGGAAUGCCAUGUUGGUUGGUUUAGCACAGUAUGGAAAUGCUGAAGAAGCUCUUGACCUGUUCAGGUUAAUGAGAUCUAACAAUAUCGAACCUGAUGGAGUAACAUUUAUUGGACUUCUUUCUGCUUGUAGCUAUUCUGGUUUUGUUUCUGAAGCUUACCAGUAUUUUGCUUCAAUGCAUAAAGAUUAUGGUAUUGAACCUGAGAUUGAGCAUUACUCUUGUCUAGUUGAUUGCCUUGGCCGAGCUGGUCGUGUUCAAGAAGCAGACGAACUCAUAAAAUCAAUGCCCUUUGAAGCUUCUGCUUCAAUGUAUAGAGCCUUGCUUGGUGCUUGUAGGCUCCAAGGUGACACAGAAACUGGGAAACGGGUAGCGGCGCAGCUCCUAGCUUUAGAACCAUCUGACUCAGCAGCGUAUGUUCUAUUGUCCAAUAUCUAUGCAGCUGCCAACCAAUGGGAUGAUGUCAACAAUGCUCGGAGAAUGAUGAAAAGGACAAAUGUGAAGAAGGAUCCUGGUUUUAGUUGGAUUGAUGUGAAGAACAAGUGCCAGUUAGUGGUGGAUGAUAAAUCCCAUCAGCAAAGUGAUCUGAUCUUUGACAAGGUGCAGAGUUUGAUAAAAAGAAUUAGAGAAGAAGGAUAUGUUCCUGAUACAGACUUUGUGCUUCUUGAUGUGGAGGAGAGGAAAGAGCGUGCUCUGUAUAACCAUAGCGAGAAGCUAGCAGUUGCAUAUGGACUAAUAAGCACUCCUCCAACCACCACACUCAGGGUGAUAAAAAACCUUAGAGUUUGUGGGGAUUGCCAUAAUGCCAUCAAAUACAUAUCAAAAGUUGCUCAAAGGGAAAUUGCAUUGAGAGAUGCAGAUCGCUUCCAUUGUUUCAGGGAUGGAAUUCGCUCAUUCCGUGAUUACUGGUGAUUUCAUUCAUCUUGUUUCUUUUGAUCAUUUUCAUAUCCUUUGGUGACAGCCAUACUACUUUUCCACAUACAAUUUUCUGUGGCUACGAUGGUUUACUAUGUGCAUAUAUUGAAUAUGUAUGACUUUGAUAAGAGAAAUUUUGAGAGGAAGACAAGGACUGCAAAAGAGGAAUGACCUCUCUGCAACUGCAAAUUUGAAUGGGAAUAAUAAACAGCAGACA